AAUUUGAAUAGACCGUACCGAAAGAUCAGUUGGUAUUGAACAAGACAAGUGACUGAUUAAUUUACAAUGUCGCGGUUUAUACUGCUGUAUGCCUUUAUGCCAUUCGCUCUAGUCAAAUCCUGUGGUUAUGAGAACUGUCCAAAAGCGAGUCCAACCUUGAUAAACCUCCAUUUUGUCCCUCAUACUCAUGAUGAUGUUGGCUGGCUAAAAACUCCUGAUCAAUAUUAUUACGGAGUAAAAAACAAUAUUCAAGAUGCAGGAGUGCAGUACAUUUUAGACACUGUAGUUCAGGAAUUAUUGCACGACAGUAAUAAAAGAUUUAUUUAUGUAGAGACUGCUUUCUUUUGGGAUUGGUGGCAAGAACAGCAUGAUGCGUUAAGACAUAAAGUGAAAAGAUUGGUUAAUAAUGGCCAACUUGAAUUUAUAGGUGGCGCUUGGUCGAUGAAUGAUGAAGCAGCAACACAUUACCACUCAAUCAUCGAUCAGUUCACUUGGGGCUUCAGACGAUUGAAUGAAACUUUUGGGAUAUGUGGAAGACCAAGAGUUGGCUGGCAGAUUGACCCGUUUGGACAUUCUCGAGAAAAUGCUGCAAUUAUGGCUAAGCUCGGGUUUGAUGGACUUUUCCUCGGUCGUAUUGACUGGCAGGACAAAACUUACAGGAAGGCUAAUAAAACGAUGGAAAUGGUUUGGAAAACAUCGCAAAAUGAUGACACUGACGCAACGAAUCUUUUUACUGCUGUUCUUUACAACACUUACAGUGCUCCACCAGGGUUUUGCUUUGAUGUGAACUGUCAUGACGAACCUAUCAUUGAUAAUGUGAAAUCUCCAGAAUAUAAUGUUGAAAGAAAAAUUUCUACCUUUUUGGACUUAAUGAAAGAAUACAGCAAGUCAUAUGCAACAAAUAACAUUCUUAUCACCAUGGGUGAUGAUUUUAUGUAUAUGAAUGCACAUAUGUACUAUAAAAAUAUGGACAAACUAAUCAAGCAUAUUAAUGAGUUACAAGGUUCAGGAUCCCCAUUCAAGGCUUUUUAUUCAACACCAUCUUGCUACUUGAAAAGUGUCAAUGAAGCCAAAGUGCACCUGCCGAUAAAAUAUGACGACUUUUUCCCAUACUCGAGCGAUCCGAAUGCUUUUUGGACAGGGUAUUUUACAUCGAGGCCGACAAUUAAAGGCUUCGAACGUUUAGGAAAUAAUUUCUUACAGGUGUGCAAACAAUUGUUUUCCUUGUCCCAACUUAAAUAUCAAAUGAUUAACAAACUGACAUCUUUGAGAGAAGCGAUGGGUGUAAUGCAGCAUCAUGAUGCUGUGACAGGUACUGAGAAGCAACAUGUUGCUUCUGAAUAUGCAAGAAUCUUGACAAAAGGUAUUCAAGAUUGUGAAGAAAUUACUAAAAAAGGAUUAGGAAAAUUGAUGAACCCUGAUGAAAAAGUGAAAUUAGAGAUGUGCCUUCAAUUAAAUAUUAGCUCGUGUGCUGUUUCUGAAAUAGAAGAUUCUUUUGUCGUUACACUUUACAAUCCCCUGAGCCGCUUUGUGAACCAUUUGGUCCGCCUUCCUAUAACUAAUCCUAAGGAAAAAUACUCAGUCAAAUGCCCGAUGGGGAAAGAACAAGACACACAGAUUGUACCGAUUCCAACUUCUGUUACUGAAAUUCCAGGCCGUAAUAGCCAGGCAGUAGCUGAAUUGGUUUUCCUCGCAAAAGGUGUACCUCCGUUAGGAUUUAAAUCUUUCUAUGUGAUGAAAAAUUCAGAUGCAACAACAUUCAACUCUCACGUUUUCCACCACAGCAGGCAGUCAAUUGAAAUUGGCUACGAUAACUUAAAAGUAAUACUGAAUUCAAAAGGAAAUUUGAAGGGAGUAAGGAAGGACAAUGUUCUUCAUUCGAUCAGUAAUAAUUUUGGCUACUACAUAGGUGCUGUUGGAAACAAUGAAGUUGUUCAAAAUCGGUCGUCGGGGGCGUACAUUUUUAGACCAGAGAGCAAGUUGAUUCCUAUUGCAAUAAAACCAAUCACUAAAAUUGUAAAAGGACCAAUCGUUUCUGAAAUCCAUCAAAAACAAUCAGACUGGGUGAGCCAGAUUAUAAGGGUCAUCAAAGGUUCUGACCAUGUUGAGUUUCAAUGGCUUGUCGGACCAAUACCAAUAGACGAUGAUAAAGGAAAAGAAAUAAUCAGCAUGUACCAAUCUGAGAUCCAAAAUGGUGGACAAUUUUACACAGAUUCAAAUGGAAGGGAAUCUCUUCUACGUACGUUGAACCAUAGAAAUACAUGGCCGGUGAUCCUUGAGGAGCCAAUAGCUGGCAACUAUUAUCCAGUGACUACAAGGAUAUCCGUACAAGAUCAAAAUCAAUACAUGAGCGUAAUAACUGACAGAUCAGAAGGUGGUUCAAGCCUGAAGGAUGGACUGAUCGAACUUAUGGUUCAUAGAAGAUUGCUUCAUGAUGAUGCUUUUGGAGUAGGUGAGGCUCUUAAUGAAACGGCCUUUGGUGAAGGUCUCGUUGCAAGGGGAACACACAUUUUAAUGCUUGAGAACAACGCAAAAGCCAGAAUGCUGGUUCAAGAAAAGGUUCUCAACAGUUGGCUAUUUUUUACACCAACCAAAAUGAAUUUUGAAACUUGGCAGGCGGCAUAUAAAAUGGAGUAUUCAGGCUUGGAAUCGGCAUUACCUGAUAAUGUUCAAAUUCUUACAUUGGAACCUUGGACUGCUACAACACAUAUCCUAAGGCUUGAGCAUAUUAUCGAGAAAAAUGACGACCCUGAACUUAGCAAACAAGCUACUGUUAAUCUGAAUAAAUUAUUUAGCAACUUUGUCGUGACAAAAGCAGAGGAGAUGAUGCUUGGCGCGAACUUAAAAGUUGUGGAGUCUCAGAGACUUCAAUGGUUAACAGACUUGAAAUUACAAAAGACCCAAGAACUGUCGAAAGAUUUCAACAUCGUCUUGGAUCCAAUGCAAAUCAAAACUUUCAUUAUUGAAAUGCAUCCCAAGGUUCAUUUUGAUCCUAAUCACAUUCGUUCUAUGUAAUGAAGAAAACAAAUAAAUAAACAAUAAUUUUAUUUCAUGAAA